AGCGUAUUAGUCCACUUUGCCAGCAGCCCAUCCUAGGAGCAGGUUGGGUCUUCCUGUCGUGGAGACCGCGUAGACUUAAGCGAAGUAAAUUAGCCUUUUUAAAUUCUCAGUAUCAUUAGAAAUACUGUAAAAUGAGUGCAGAGAAGGUGUUCUACGGUCCUGUCGAGUAUGGAGCGCCACCUAGCGGUGAGCGCGCCGCCGGUUCCCGGGUGAGUCUGGCGGGAGUGUUCGGGGUGGUCGCGCUCGUCACCGCCGCCCUAGCGCUGGCGCUGGUCCUGAACAACAUGAGCCAGCAGAUGGCGAAGGAUCACGAGGAGAUCAUGAUCCUCAAGGCGAGCGCCGAGCGGGAUCAACAAGAGAUCCAAAGCCUGAAGAUGGCGGCAGAGCGAGAUCUCGAAGAGGUUGCGAGCUUCAAAAUGAGGGCCGAAGAAGACCGUCGGGAAACACUGGUGCUGAUGGAAAAAAUCGCCAUGCUUGAAGCACCGAUCCACGAUACCGGUUCUAACGGCCCGGAGGCAGUAGGCCCUGGUGACGACCCCACUACUGAGUCUGUGCACAAACGUCAGAAGAGGUCUUUGUCCAAUUUGGACGACAUUCUGACCAAGAUUUCAGAAUUGCGAAACGGACUUCCGGCGGGAUCCCAGGGUGCACCUGGUGAGAAACGUACUGUGGCAGUCACAGGAGGUGUUUAUAUCCGUUGGGGAAGGAACCGCUGUCCCAAUAGUGCUACUACUGUCUACAGUGGUGUAGCAGGCGGUACUUGGUACGGGCAGUCCGGCGGUGGGACCAACUACCUGUGUCUGCCGAGGAACCCGCAGUGGGGAAAAUACCAGGAUGGGUUCCAAGGAUACUCGGCGUGGAUUUACGGCGCUGAGUACCAGAUAACGGCCGACGUCCCGUUCGGAGACCGGUCCCUGCACGACCAGAACGUGGUGUGUUCCGUCUGUCACACCUACCACAACAGCGUGCUGAUGAUCCCCGCCCGCAAAACCUGCCCAGACGGCUGGUACCUCGAGUACGACGGGUACCUGAUGGCAGAAUUCCGCGACCACGCCGGCUCCAAGGAGUUCGUCUGCAUGGAUAAGCAGCCUCAAGCGGCACAGGGCGGCCACGGCAACCAGGAUGGAGCGCUCUUCUACCCCACGGAAGCCCACUGCGGGUCCCUGCCGUGCCCUGCCUACGCACAGGGGAGGGAGCUCACUUGCGUGGUCUGCGUCAAGUAAAACUGGGUUUAAAAAGCUUUCGUUUCACUCCAUAUUUUCCUUUGAUUACUGCUCUGCGACCACUGAGCAACCAAAGAUUUCACAAAUCGCUCAACGAAUUUCAAAAGAACAAUUUUACAUUUUGGUGUGUUUUGUUGUCUUUCAAGUCAUAAAUUUACAUCUGGCAUCAUUUUCCGAUACAUAUAAAAAUCAAGGGUCACACAAAUGCAAUUUUGGUCGCUGUACGAUUGCUCAACGAUCGUCGUCCAGAGAAAAGGGACCUCUGUCAGUUUCCAGAACGAUAACUGCUCAACAUAUGCAUACUCUGCCAUGAAUAUUUCAAACAACAUGCAACGAUCCAUCGCCAAAUCAGAUUCAAGAAGAUGUUAAGGGAAGCUUAAACGGCAAAAAUAAUUAUGUGAAACGAAAGCCGCUACGGAACUUGAAAUUUCUUUCUAGCCUUUGUUUAGCCCUAGCUCUUUUCGCCGAUGCUUACUU